AUGAAGCUGAUCGCCUUCCUCCUCGCCUUCCUGUCUGUCUUCUCCGCUGCUCUGGCGGUGGAUGUGCAGAAGCAGGUCAUCAUCACUUAUCCCGAGAACACGCCCAACCAUGUGCUCGACGAGGCAAAGGGGGCUAUCCUGGACGCUGGCGGUGUUAUCUUGCACGAGUACAAAUUGAUCAAGGGUUUCGCGGUCAAGGCUGGAGAGAAGGUCCUCGACACUGUGCAGACGAUGGGAAGCCAAUACAACGCCCUGAUCGAGGAGGACCAAGUUGUCUCGAGCUCGUGA